GUCGUUCGAGCCGCACGCUCGCUACUAACGCGACCCCACUAUGCCACGCGAUUCGCGAUGUCGUUACCACUGCGUGAAUAUUUAUGACGCGAUCGAGCACUUCGCCUCAUUAUAAAUGGCACAGCCGACUUCGCUGUCUUACUAUAGUACGCUAAAGACUGUAAAAUGGUAAUAAAACAAACUCUUGUGAAUAGACUCGAAGGAAGAACUUUUAAUCGUAUCAUUGUGUAUGUGUUAUUCUAUUGUCAUGUUGUUGAGAGGAGCACCGCGGCAGAGAUGCCUCAUGAGUGCGCCUACCGCAGCUUCGAAGCGGAAGCGCCGGAAAACGCAGUGCUGUUCUGCAAGAUCCGAACUAUUAGCAGUCUGGAGCAUCUGUUGCGGAACAUCAGCCGGACGCAUUUCGACGAUUUGAUUUCCUUGCAUGUGCAAUGCAGCGAAAUCCUCUUCUUCGAAAGCACACUCGCAACUCAAACCGACAAAAAUUCCGGAAAAAGUAGCGACUUGAGUAAACUAAGAGAUCUCGUCAUUGACAAAUGCAAGAUACGGCAGAUACCAGCGCGUUCUUUCGAAAACUUUAAGGAUCUGAAACGGUUGCAUGUCACGACACACAACAGUGAAUGGUCCGCUAUGACAAUGGAGCUCCACGAACAAGCGUUUUCAGGUUUGAAUGAACUCAUCGAGCUCGAUUUAAGUGAUAACAACAUAUGGAGUAUGAAAACAGAGACGUUUUGUUGGUUGUAUAGUUUAAAAACUUUAAAUUUAAGUCAAAAUCACUUACAGAAUAUAAAGACUGUUGGUUUCUCAGACUCGUUAAGAGAGCAAAAUUUGAGUGUAAGAAGUUGUAAUUUAAUUUUAGAAACACUUGAUUUGUCUUACAAUGAUUUGAUUGUUGUUACUGAUAAUAGUCUUUCGAAGCUUCGUUCGUUGUCAAGAUUGUUUUUGCAAAACAAUGCUAUCUCGAGUCUCGAAGUGGGAGCUUUCGCUGGACUUCUCGGCUUACACGUUUUAAAUUUAUCCAGUAAUUUUAUCAAUUCGAUUCCGCCUGAUUUGUUUUCAGAUACCAAAUCUCUAAAGGAAAUAAUUUUAAGUAACAAUACAAUAAACGUGUUGCCGCCUGGUCUUUUCGAAGGUUUAGACCAACUUCAAACAUUAGACCUUUCACAUAACGAACUAACUAGUCAGUGGAUUAAUAAGGGAUCGUUUGUAGGGUUACUGCGUAUGGUAAUUUUAAAUCUCUCAUAUAAUAGACUUACAAAGAUAGAUCGUUAUAUGUUUCAAGAUUUGAACAGUUUGCAAAAAUUAAACUUAGAGCACAAUGAUAUAACAAGUAUUGAGGAACACGCUUUUGAAGAGUUAAGAAAUUUGCAUUCCCUUACUUUGUCACACAAUAAACUAUCCCAUAUACACACGCACCUGUUUACAGAUUUGCACGUGCUACAUGAGUUAUUUAUUGAUAAUAAUAAAAUACGACAUAUUGAUGAAAAUGCUUUUGAUAACAUGACAACUAUAGAGGAUUUGGGAUUGAAUGAUAAUUUGAUGUCGUCCAUACCCUCGUCUAUACGCAAAUUACGGUCUCUGAGGUCACUGGACAUCGGAAACAACAACAUAAGCCACCUAAGCCGAGAUCAUUUUCGCGGCUUGACAGAGCUUUUCGGGUUGCGGCUAGUAGAUAACAAAGUUACUUAUUUAAAUGAAGACACCUUUGAACAUUUACCUCAAUUACAAGUACUUAAUUUGGCGUCAAAUAAAAUUAAACACGUAACUCCCGGGUGUUUUCGUAAAAAUAUUAAUCUUAAAUUACUACGUAUGGAUGGAAAUGAGAUAACGUCAUUCGAUGGAAUUUUCUCUACUCUUAACAACUUAGUUUGGCUCAAUAUGUCAGCGAACAAAAUAGUAUCAUUCGAUUUCAAAAGUUUUCCUAAUAGUUUAGAAUGGCUAGAUUUGCAUAAGAAUCAUAUCGAAAGUUUCUUAAAUGACGACUUGUAUUAUAAUGGUAAUAUAAAACUAUUGGAUCUUAGCCAUAAUAAUAUAAGUCAAUUAACAGUAACAUCUAUACCGAAAACAGUCGAAAAGUUGUAUUUAAAUGAUAAUUAUAUUCAACAUAUUCAAGUCGCUACGUUUUCCAAGUUACAAAGACUUUCUUUAGUCACUUUAAAUAAUAAUAAACUCGUUCAGGUUGACAUGAAUGCCUUUCGUUUAGAUCAAAUUGAUGAAGAUAGUGAUUUACCCGAGUUCUUUAUAAGCGGAAAUCCAUUUGUUUGUGACUGCUCAAUGGAAUGGAUUCAACGUAUUAAUUAUUUAAGCCACAGUCGACAGUACCCGCGCGUAUUAGAUCUAGACAAAGCGUAUUGUUCACUCGUACACUCGCGUACAAAACAGAAAAAGAUGAUUAUAGACAUGUCACCUUCUGAUUUUCUCUGUCCCUACGAUAGCCAUUGUUUCGCCCUCUGUCAUUGUUGUGAUUUUGUUGCUUGCGAUUGUGAAAUGAUUUGUCCAAAUAAUUGCAAAUGCUAUCAUGAUAUAACAUGGAAUGCAAAUGUUGUUGAUUGCUCUAAUGCGGGAUAUACAGAAGUCCCGGAGCGAAUACCUAUGGAUGCCACUGAAAUAUAUUUAGAUGGAAAUCAUAUAAGUAAUUUAGGUAAUCAUGUAUUUAUUGGAAAAAAGAAAUUACAAGUACUCUAUUUAAAUAAUACAAAAUUAAAAGAAGUUAACAAUCAAACAUUCAAAGGAGUAGAUUCUUUAAGAGUAUUACAUUUGGAAAAUAAUAAAUUGGUCGAAUUAAAAGGUGAUGAAUUUUUACAUCUAAAUAAUUUGAACGAGUUAUAUUUAGAUCACAAUGCAAUUGUACAUGUGGCCAAUAAUACUUUUUCAUCAUUGAAAUCGCUUUCGGUUCUUCGUAUCGACGAUAAUAAGCUUGUAAAUUUUUUCCCUUGGAAAUUAUUGGCAUCUUCAUCCAAAAGCCUUGCACAUGUUUCCAUAGAAGGUAAUCAGUAUUCCUGCGAUUGUAAAAGUAUUGCUGAACUAGAUUCAUGGCUGCGUAGAGAUCCUGGUGACCCAGAAAAAAUGCUAUGCACAGAUAGCAAAGGUAACCCAACUAAGAUAACUAUCGCUUCAGUUUUAAGUCAUUGUAAAGACUACAUGGGUUCAAUGGAUGAUCCCGAUGUCUCUAAAAAUGAGAUCAUUUCGACAUCUUUAUUUCUCCCUAACAACUAUUUUGCAAUUAUUUGUGGUGUUAUAAUAAUUGUUGUUCUUGUUUGUCUCAUAGGUGCGAUUUUCUACGCUUUCCGAUAUGACGUCAGUGACUGGUUGUAUACAAAAUACGGUGUACCCUUGUUCAAAGAACAGUCGUGCGCUACCGUGGAUAUAUUAGAAGGAAAUCCAAAUCAUAUGUACGAUUAUUACGUGAUAUGCAAUACCAAAGAUACGCAAUUUACUUAUCAUAAUAUUAUGUCUGAGAUAGAGUUAAGAAAAAUGACCGCCAAAAAACUAUCACUCAAUGAAUCCUCAUUGAAUAUAUUAACCUUGGAUAGUUUUUCGAAAUCUCCUAAAUUAACUAAACGUUUGUUAGUAAUUCUCACAACUAAUUUUAUAUGUAACGAUCUGUGUGACAUUCACUUUAAGAACAUGUUUUAUAGCUAUUUAAAAUCAUUAAAUCGUAGCGAUUUGAAUAAGGUAAUAUUCAUUAAGAUAGUUGAUAACAACCAAAUAAACGACGAGCUCGGAUUUUUAUUAGAUAAUUUUAAGAAUUUAUCUUGGAAUGACCCACGGUUUUGGGACAGAUUCAUAGCUUUGCUCAAUUCCACUGACACAAUUAUAACCGUUAAAAGCUCCGAAAAGAGCGUUUUUAAGAAAUCAUUACGGGCUACUCCAACUUUAAGGUAUACCACAAUGCCUGUCUCAAACGAUACUUGCUCAAAGACAAAUUUUACGAAUUCAUUGCAGUAUUGCAAAAGGAACGACGGAGAGUCGUCACACAACGAAAGUUCCCCUUCCUCUGAUAAUAACACGUACGGUGAAGGGAACGAUUCUAACAAUAGUUACAUGUCGAUCGACAACAGGACAUGUUCUCGUUUUAAUUAUGACCUCAGGCUAUCCCCUAGUAGUGGUCACGUCUAUUCUAGAGUCGAGGACAUUUCUCCGACCACACCUCGCUCUAUAAAAGGCUCUUGUUCGGCUAAAGGACGCACGUAUUUCGUAUGAGAUAAAUUAAGCGAUUCUUGUUCCAUGCUUUUCGUAUUUACGUUUUGUAAUAAAUAUAAUUCAAAUUAUUGUAAUGCACAAUCCUCAUACAUCAGAUCACUAAGUGAUCUUACACUUUGUAAAUAAAUAUCAGCUCAUAAAUAAAUUCUUGUCAAUUUUUGCAUACGUAAUAGAACUAUAAAGUAUCAAUUGUAAGUACGUGUAUUAAAUUUUAAUGAUACAAUAUUUUGUACAAAGUUCACGUGAAAAUGUUGAGUCUGAAUAACACUUUUUUAAUAUAAAAAUAAUUUAUUGAUUGUAUUUACAUAGUUUAUUCGUAUGGACAUAUUCGAAUAUUAUUCACUGUAAAACAACACCAAAUAGUAUUAAGAAAAUAAUUAAAAACUCCAUUGUCACGAGAAUUAAGUAAGACCCAUAAUUUUAAAUCAAGUCUUGUAAUAAUUUUUUUUUGUCGUCUGUCAAG